AUGAAUGCAGUAAUCCAAUCUUUCAAUACUAAAAAUUUCACAUUCGAAGACAUUCAUAAAACAAUUGUUGAUUAUAUCUUAACUACAAAGUUUAUUGCACCAUUCUUGAUCUCAUUUAAUGCCACUGUCAAAGACAUAAAUGGUGUUCCUGGAUUAGUAGGCAGAGAGCUUUUUAGUUCCAAAAAUGUUACGUUUUUAUCAACAUUGGUUGAUCCAACGAAAAUUCAAAAGUUAAUAAAGAUUUUUACAGUUAUACUAGCAUUUUCCGUAAUAUUUAACUAUUAUGGAUGGAAAAGUAUUAAUUCUUUAUUUACUUCCAUGCAACCAUCUCUGCAGCUUUCACCGCUUAGUAUAUCAUUACAUGCAACAUUUGAUUUUGCACAUACCGUGUUUGUUACCUUCAAAAUACCUGCCACAAGCUCAGAAUCAUACUUAUAUUUAAUUUUUGUUGUUUCAGCAGGAAUGCUGGUAUAUGUAUUCUUUGAAAAUACAUUUUCUGUAAGAAUACAUGCAAUACACACCGUUGAUCAAACAACAAUUCCAUUUUGGAUCAGAUUUCUUUCAAUUAUCGCUUUACAUUCAUGUUUUAUAGCAACUCAUUACUAUAUACUUGAGAAUCUAUCUCAAUAUCCAUUACUAUCAUUCAUUACAAUUUCUUCUCCUUUCUUGCCACAAAUUAUUUACACAUUUUUCAAUUCUAAUGCAAGAAAGAAGGAUAACGUUUUCAUAAUCAAUGAGUUGAUAUCGAAAUCCAUUAUAAUUCUUUAUUAUGGAUUCAUUUCAAACCAUAUUUACAAAAAAAUUUAUCCUCGCGAAGCAUCAAUCGCUUUUGGAUUACUAGUCUUCCAAGCUAUGCUUGUUAUAUUGCAAAAUCAAUUUGGAAGCCAUCUUUGCUUCCCAGAUUUCUUAUUUGCUGAAUCAUAUGACUAUUAUCAACCUCAUGAAAUUCAAGAAGGAGAAGUCUGCCCAAUUUGCUUUUCUCCAAUAGAAAUUGAUGACGAAGUAAUGGUUACCCCUUGCGAACACGCUUUUCAUGCAGAAUGCCUUCAAAGAUGGAUGGAGGAAGAACUUGUUUGCCCAAUGUGCAGAGCUAAUUUACCGCCAUUAAGAUGA